GGCGAUCACUCUCAUUCAGUAUGGCAUUCUUGAAGUUCGCUUUCACUUUGUCCCUUGUGGCUUCCUGCGUCUUCGCUGAGGGAGGCUACGGAGGACACGGAGUUUCUCUCGGGGGACCAGUGGUUGUAAGUCAUGGAGGCUCCCUGGGAGGUGGAUAUGGUUCUGGUGUCCUUGGAGGUUCCUUCGGAGGACCUGGAGUGCAUGGAGGUUCUUUCAUAGGGCAUGGAGGCUCAUCUGGAGGCCGAUAUGGAGGCCAUGGUAGAAGCUCUGCCACCGGUUUCAGUGUAUUCAACCUGGGACAUACUGGAUCCUUGGGAGGUGGAUACGGAGGUCAUGGGAGAGUCUCUGGAGGUCUUGUAGGAAUCUCUGGAGGUCAUGGAGGAAUCUCUGGAGGUCAUGGAGGAUUCUCUGGAGGUCUUGGAGGAAUCUCUGGAGGUCGUGUAGGAUAUUCCGGAGGUCUUGGAGGAAUCUCUGUAGGUCAUGGUGGACAUGGAGGAUUAUCUGUAGGCCAUGGAGUAAUCUCUGGAGGUCAUGGAGGAUUCUCUGGAGGUCUUGGAGGAAUCUCUGGAGGCCGUGUAGGAUAUUCCGGAGGUCUUGGAGGAGUCUCUGUAGGUCAUGGUGGACACGGAGGAUUAUCUAUAGGCCAUGGAGUAAUCUCUGGAGGUCACGGAGGUAUCUCAGGCUCUUAUGGAAAGUAAAUGAUUAUCUAGACCUUUCCCAGCUAACAGCAUAACUUAUUAUCAUAGGAUAUUAUUGUAACGUUCAAAAUAAUGUCUUUCAUGUGUCCUGUUUUUAUGAAAAAAUAGAUGACAAAUUGUUAGACGUGAAUAUUGUUUUACACUUCAUAUUAGUGAUUUAGAAAUAAAAGAAUUAUAUUA